AUGGAGCGUAUGAUAAACGAGAGGCUGAUCUGGUGGGCGGAAAGGGAAAAAAAAUUCAGCUCUUCUCAGAGCGGCUUCAGGAGAGGCAAAUCGUUUGCGGACAACCUUGCUAAAAUUGUGUCGGAUAUUAGAGCAUCCCUGUGUGUGGGUGAAUAUACGCUUGCGGCUUUCCUCGACGUGUCAUCGGCCUACGACUGUGUCGAUUACCGCAUCAUGCUCGACAAAUUGAUUGCGCUUGAUUGUCCCACUGGCAUAGUCAAAUUUAUUGCUAAUUGGCUAUACCGGAGAAAGGUGCGAUUUAUCGUCAAUUCACGCGAAUUCGUAGAUCGUUUAGUCUUUAAGGGUCUCCCGCAGGACGCCGUCUUGAGUCCGGCAUUGUAUUCUCUCUUUACUCAGGGGUUGUGUUCUGACUUGCCGGAGGGUGUCGAGGCCGUGGAGUUCGCCGAUGAUAUCGGCCUAUAUGUUAGUGGCCCGAACCGUGAACUAUUGGUAGAGUUCUGCAAAAGCGGCUACCUCGACAAGAACCUGAGCAUCCGUAUCGGGGACUGCGACGUCUGUAAUAGUGGUGAGGCGAAAUUUCUUGGUAUAUGGCUAGACAACAGCCUGAAAUUUCACCGACAGGUACAGGAGGUUAGAGGUAAGGUCAGUAAGGCCAACUCUAUUAUUAGAUAUCUAUGUAAGAUGUCCAAGGGCAUGGAGGUCAACACCGCCCUCAUGCUCUACAAAAGCCUCGUUAGAUCAAUGACGGAUUAUGGAAGCUUUAUCUACUUUCCUAGAGACUCUGCGUUCCAGCUUAAGUUGGAAAGGGCCCAAUAUUUGGGUAUCCGAACGGCCCUCGGCUUUAGAAAUAGUACUCCGAACGACGUAAUUAUUGCUGAGGCUAAGGUCAGGGGUCUCAAGGAUUGGGCGGAAAUGCUUGGUAGGAAUUUUAUUAAUAAACUGAUUGCCUAUAAUCAAAAUGACCUCUGUCAGAAAUUAUAG